AUGGAUGAGGAGUUCUUUACCAAUGUUUCCAGUGCCACCGUUGAGACAUUGCUGUCACCCAUCUCUCCUCGGAAUGUUGCCUAUGUCAUCUUCACCUCGGGCUCUUCAGGAAAACCAAAGGGGGUUAUGAUUCAGCAUCAGACUAUUUGUACAAGUUUGAUAAGCUCGGCGAAGACCUUGAGACUUCAUGAUUCAGAUCGCGCUCUACAAUUUGCGUCAUACUCAUUUGAUGCGUCCAUUCUUGAGAUUUUCGGAACACUCCUGGCUGGGGGUACAGUCUGUACUCCCUCGCAGGAAGAGUGUUUAGAUUCCCUUCAGCAGGCAAUGUGUAAGUAUGAGCCCACUUGGGCGAUUCUCACACCGUCGGUCGUACAAAUACUUAGUCCCAAGGACGUCAAUUCUCUCAAGACUCUUGUUCUGGGAGGAGAACAAAUCACCAUCGCAGCGAUUGUGGCUUGGAAAGAUGAGGUUCAACUCGUCAAUGCUUACGGCCCGACUGAGUGCUCCAUCCUCUGCGCUGCCAUUCACGUCCAGGGGUUACAAGAUAUCGGGGUAAUUGGGCACCCCCUGGGAAGUGCACAUUGGCUCGUGGAUCCAGAUGACCAUAAUAGAUUGGUACCUCUCGGAACGGUGGGUGACUUGCUUGUCGAAGGGCCCAUUGUCGCCAAGGGAUAUUUGAACGAUCCAGACCGAACUGCAGCUGCGUUCAUUGACCACCCAUCCUGGCGACAGUCGAUUGAUCUGGUGCCUCGAUCUGCGUACAUGUACAAGACAGGAGAUCUCGUGCGGUGGAACGAGAACGGGACUCUUUCAUAUCUUGGCCGCAAAGACCAGCAACUGAAGGUUCGUGGUCAAAGACUUGAGCUUGAGGAAAUCGAGUCUAAAAUUUCUCAUGACGGACUCGACCGAAAAGCUAUCAUACAACCGACAAAGGGGCCGUUCGCAAAGAAAUUGGUGGCUCUAUUCACUCUGCGCAACCUUCCGGCUAGAGAAGAGGCUAAAACCGAGGAGAUAGUGCUGGAUCUGUGCAAAGAAGCUGCAAAUAUAAUAACCCGCCUCAGAACCGUGCUCUCCGAGCGGCUGCCCGACUACAUGGUGCCGGACAAAUGGAUUCCCGUGGCAGGGAUGCCGUUGUCAUCUGCAGCAAAGAUGAAUCGCAAACACCUUGUCGAAUGUGUGGAGACGAUGUCGGAAACCACCUGA